AUGUGCGAGGACGAUGAAAGUCUCGCCAAGUACAAAGCGACGUUACUUGGCACGUCACCAACCGAUAUCAUUGUUGAUAGUUCAAAUCCGAAAAUUGUCAUUGUGAAGUCGAUCACAUUGCUGGUUCCAGGACGUGAAGAGGUCAAAAUGGAACUCGACAAUGCAGGUGCAUUGGGUGAUGCAACCUUUAGGCUGAAAGAGGGCUGCCAGUACAGACUUCGGUUCGAUUUUUAUGUUCAGCGCGAGAUUGUAACUGGUUUGAAAUAUGUGCAUAAAGUGAGCCGCCAUGGAGUGCAAGUUUUGAAGGAGAACUUCAUGGUUGGAUCGUAUGCUCCAAAAAAGGAACUUCAAAGCUAUACCACACCCGUCGAGGAAGCUCCUUCUGGCAUGCUUCACCGUGGAAAGUAUAAGGUGAAGUCGCAGAUGACCGAUGAUGACGGCCACGACUGGUUGACAUGGUCAUGGACCACGGAGAUCUCGAAAGACUGGUAG